CCUCUAUUUCUAUCCGAUACUCUUUCGUAAAUUGAAAUCACUGUCAUUUGCGAACACACGGUCACUUCAAACCCUACUCUCUCUCUCUCUCACACAUACCUGACCAUGGCGUCUAGGAGGCUAUUCGCCUCCCUUCUCCGAUCCUCUAUUCAGCGCUCUACCCCCAAAUCAACAUUUUCAAACACUAGAUCGGCAUUACACCGUCCAUCUCCGAAGGGUUAUAUAUUCAAUCGCGCCGUAAACUAUGCUACCUCCGCCGCGGCUCCAUCGCAGACGGCGCCGCAACCACCAGCAAAGGUUGCUAGUGGGCCCAGCGGAAAGAUUACCGAUGAGUUCACGGGUGCCGGAGCGAUUGGGAAAGUGUGUCAGGUGAUUGGGGCCGUUGUCGAUGUGAGGUUCGAUGAGGGUUUGCCUCCGAUCUUGACGGCCUUGGAGGUGUUGGAUAACCAGAUCAGACUUGUGCUUGAGGUGGCCCAGCAUUUGGGGGAGAAUAUGGUGAGGACCAUCGCUAUGGAUGGAACUGAAGGUCUUGUUCGAGGUCAGAGAGUCCUUAAUACUGGAUCUCCUAUCACUGUGCCUGUUGGGAGGGCCACUCUGGGCCGUAUCAUGAAUGUAAUUGGAGAGCCUAUUGAUGAGAGAGGCGAAAUCAAGACCGACCACUUCUUGCCAAUUCAUCGAGAAGCUCCUGCCUUUGUUGAGCAAGCAACUGAACAACAAAUCCUUGUUACUGGAAUCAAGGUUGUUGAUCUCCUUGCACCCUACCAAAGAGGUGGAAAAAUUGGGCUAUUUGGUGGUGCUGGUGUCGGGAAAACUGUGCUGAUUAUGGAACUCAUUAAUAAUGUUGCAAAAGCCCAUGGUGGUUUUUCUGUGUUUGCUGGUGUUGGAGAACGAACUCGAGAGGGUAAUGAUUUAUACAGGGAAAUGAUUGAGAGUGGUGUCAUUAAGCUUGGUGAUCAUCAGAGUGAUAGCAAAUGUGCUCUUGUCUAUGGUCAAAUGAAUGAGCCCCCUGGUGCUCGUGCUCGUGUUGGGCUUACUGGGUUAACUGUGGCUGAACACUUCAGAGAUGCUGAAGGGCAAGAUGUGCUUCUCUUCGUUGACAACAUUUUCCGUUUUACCCAGGCCAACUCUGAGGUGUCUGCUUUGCUUGGUCGUAUUCCAUCCGCUGUCGGUUACCAACCAACUUUGGCUACGGAUCUUGGAGGCCUUCAAGAGCGUAUUACCACAACCAAAAAAGGUUCCAUUACUUCCGUCCAAGCUAUUUAUGUGCCUGCUGAUGACUUGACAGAUCCAGCUCCGGCAACAACUUUUGCUCACUUGGAUGCCACCACCGUGUUAUCUCGACAGAUCUCUGAGCUUGGUAUUUAUCCUGCUGUUGAUCCUCUUGAUUCUACAUCUCGUAUGCUUUCCCCCCAUAUACUGGGGGAGGAACACUACAAUACCGCCCGUGGCGUACAAAAAGUUCUUCAGAACUACAAGAAUCUUCAAGAUAUUAUUGCUAUCUUGGGAAUGGAUGAGCUCAGUGAAGAUGACAAGUUGACUGUCGCCCGUGCUCGUAAAAUUCAACGGUUCUUGAGCCAGCCAUUCCAUGUUGCAGAAGUGUUCACGGGUGCCCCUGGCAAGUAUGUUGAGUUGAAGGAGAGCAUUACCAGCUUCCAGGGAGUCUUGGAUGGGAAAUACGAUGACCUUUCAGAACAGGCGUUUUACAUGGUUGGAGGAAUUGAUGAGGUCAUGUCCAAGGCAGAGAAGAUUGCCAAAGAAUCUGCCUCCUAGUGAACUGACAUCCCUCUCUUGACUCCUCCUCCUUGUGACAAUUGCAAAAAUGAAUAAUUUAGUUCGUGUUGGCAAUUCUGCGAACACUUGAACUUAAAUUUUCUGAUACCAAAUGGAUCAGGUUUUUGUGUUGCUGUUUCAAUUUCGUUUGCAGGAUUGCCAUUGAGAAAAUGGAACGAAGGGCCUUCCUGCCAAGCCCCCUUACUUUUUUUAUCUUGGCUGAUAAUAAGGGGGCAAAGUUCUGGACUUGUAUAUUUUUUCCUUGAAUUUAUUUUCGGAAUAUUGGAUCCCGAAAUUAUAUGGUAUUUUCAUCAGAUUUAUGCAGAGUGAUGCCUCGGGUGGCCUUUUGUUUGGACAGAAUCAACAAACAAUGCCUGUGUAGCUUGAUUUGUAAUAUCAUUUGUCAGAUGAUCAUCUAACGGCUACAAUC